CAGCGCGAGUGAUGAUGGAUGAUGCCGGUGGUUUUAUGGCAGAUGCAGUCAGCUUGCUCGUGAAACCUGCUCAUCUGUCGCUACCCUGUGCUAUUUUUCUUCAUUACCCGCUUGCCUGAAGGUCGUUAAGGUUCUAGAGUAUCAAAUGUCGCUGUACUCCAAGCUGAGGACGACCGCCAGGUCGCUUUUUACCAAGCAUUUGUUCGCGACGAAUGCUGUGCUGGGCACGGGAUUCAUGUGCGCUGGAGACGCCUUACUGCAAAGUUAUGAGAUCAAGACCAAGAAACAAGCGCGUUUCGACAUGGCCAGAACGAAAAAUAUGUUCAUUGUGGGAGCCUCGUUCGGCGUCUGCGGCCACAAGUGGUACUCGUUUCUUGACCGGAAGUUCCCUGGCCACAGCCUGAGGAUGGUGGGUAAGAAGCUGCUGUGCGAGGCGGCGAUUUGUCCACCGUUGGCCUUUAUCCUCUUCAUCGGCGUCGGGAUGCUGAACAGCAAGCCCUUUCGGCAGAGCCUCGUGGAGUUCAAGCACAACAUCCUCCUCUUCUGCAUGGCUGAUUGGGGCUGUUUCGUGCCAGCGCAGGCAGUGAAUUUCUUCUUUCUGCCACCGCGCUUCCGCUUCCUCUACGUCUCGGCGAUCACCAUGGUCUACGACAUCUUCCUCUCAUUCAUCCUCCACAGGGACUCCAAAGGACUACAGAAACUUACCGAAUAAGGACAUAUUUUCUUCAAUGGCAUCAUCUGUUUUCUCACCUGUGGACGCACCUUACGCCAAAAGUCACAACGCCUUGUGUUUUGUAAAUAGUAAUAAAGUAGGAAAUGUUUUCAAGUUUUCU